GUUGCCGCGAACGAUUAGAAUCCAGAAUCAUAAGCAAUUAAUCGCUUGUUCAUCCUCAUCGUCGCUCUCUCCCUUUUCUCUUAGGCGUCGUUUUUCUGGUUCUUCGUUUUUUCUCUCUCUCUCUUUUUGAGCUUGAAUUGUAUGGCCGCUAAUUCGAGGAGCGCAGGAGCGAUCGCCGGCUUGAGGAAACGAAUCACUGACCAGAUCUGGAACAGAGAUCCACUUCGCAACUCUGCGAUCUCUUCCGCUGCUCCGAAGUUCAGGAGGGCAGCUCACAGUUCAACGUAUGACAAGAACCACGACGAGCAAGUCCGACCAAGCAUAGUCCCUGAUGAUGUGAUUCAGCCUCAAUCUGCUGAUAAGUAUUGGGCUCCUAAUCCACAAACCGGCGUUUUCGGGCCGGCCACCAUCAACCCUGUGGCAGCGGUGGCCAACCAUACUGCAAAUGGUGGCAACUACUCUAUUGUGGAGGAGGAAAAGGCUUGGUUCCGACCUACCAGUCUUGAGGAUUCCGAGAAGCCCCACGGUUUCUAGGAGCCUGGGGCUUCCCGAGCCAUUGUGGUACUUUUGCCCAUCAGACAUUUUAGACAACAAGUAGUUAGUUGUUACUAAAUAAAGAAGAUGGCUGUUUUAGCGGUAGUAAGCAUCUGGAGUUGCUCAAGGCUGAGGCAAUCUGGCUCAGGAUGCUUUUACGGUGUUGUACCAACUUUAUUACGGUGUUGGAUGUGGUCUACUUCUCGUUUGACUACGCAAAAUAGUGUGGUUUUAUAGCUUUAUCUCUCCA